GGAAAAGCACGUUUUUUUUGUCGAAGUACUCGAUCGAUUAAACGUGAGAGACAAAGAGAAACAAGGUUCGUAUUGUUCGUAUUCGCGUUUUGCAGAAGGAUUGUAAUUACACACAGAGAAAAAUAAAAACAAACAGCGCCACUGCUUUCGGACGAGGAUGAGAGUUGCAGUUAAAGUUUCGGAUCGCAUCGAGUUCGGGUCGCUACUUGCGAUUUUGCUUGCAAAAGACAAGUAGGAUGAGGAGGUCGCAUAGAUAUCGUAGAUGCAGAUUCCCGACCCAUUAUGUAGAAAAAUGUCCCGUGUUCAGGUUACAAACAAACGACCCAGUUUCCAAGAUAGAAGACCUCGAGCUAAUCAAUAGAACUAACUAUGCUGGUACUUCUCGCUAAAUGAUAAGGUGCAGUCACUCACCAGAGAAGAACAUGGAAAUAAAUCUUCACAAUGACGGAAGUUCUUGAACCUCACGAGAACUACGAGUCGUCGCACCGGGACCCGGCAUUUCCGACGUAUCGAAUUCCACCGAGCAUAGGCAGCAUGGAGGCUGAAGGAGUCCCUCCGCGUGGCGCGGAUGCGGUGCUAGGAGGAGUCACAACAGCGUUAGCGGCAACCGCGUCGCCACGAGGAACACACUUUCACCAGUUAAGCCUGUUAAAACGGAAGCAUCCUCGAUUACGAAAAAUGACAAACCCGACUGCGGACUUCUCCGACGCAACAGAUAGUGGAACGGCGAGUGGGAUUCCACAAUACCACUCAGCCUAUCCCACAACAGCAAGCCCUAGCGGAGGACCAGCAUCGACUCCCCUCGGUGGAGGAGGCGAGCUGGUAGAGCUAGAAAAUAGAAGUAAAGACGUAGAAGUUGGCUUAGGUUUAGAAAUUUUCAACAGAAAGAAAAACAGAGGCUCGCCCAUCGCUAUCUUUUGUUUUUCGUUCUUUGCUCUUGAUGCAUGCGCUUCGUUUAUUUCUGUAUCGAUUUGACUAUAACCUAGGUCCUAACGAAUGCCUGCCCCCCAAGCGGGGUUACUUCCGCUGGUAUUGUCCCAAGCACCCGAGCAACGUCUAUGGUAAUCGAGCCGGUGCGUGCGCCGUAUAACCCGGUCUGGGGCGCAGGGGUCAAUGGCCCGAGUGUAAGUGCUCACAUGCGAUCGUCCGGAUCUUCUCCUGCGACUGAUCAGCCAGUCUCUAUUCCUGGGGGAGGAUUUGCUUCCUUUCUACAGGAAGAUGCAGGAGCUGCUGGUGGGCACGCGGCUACCUUAUGCAGUCCUCCGCCGGGCGGGGCAACCGGAUCGGCGUCGUCUCCGAUAAGUGCGCCGCCCAAUUUGGGGUCUCCAUCGGGGAAUGCGGUGCCACCGUCUGAUCUACGUAAGCAAACGAUUGUGAGAAGCAACGCAGCAGCUACUCCUGCUGCUCCAGAAUCAGGAAUAGAAAAUGCUCAUCCAAACGAAAAUCUCUUUUCGAAAGAAGCUGCUCCAGGAGCAUCCUCAUCUCCGACUGGUAGUGUGGCGCCGCCUUGUUCCGUACGGAUCAGUCAGGCACGGUCACAACUGAACCAGUAUGCUACACGGUGUCCGCGAACACAUCCAACCAAAAGCGAUUACGCGAAAAUAUCCAGUCGAAUAGACGCGGGGCCUCCCGCGUCGGUAUUGGCUGCACGUCGCGAUUCCUCGGCAUCGUCUGCAUCGGGUGGGGGUGCAUCGUCAAGUCCCACACCUGGAGGAGGGGGAGGCGCAGUCUCUUCCUCGCCUGGAAAUCCUGGCGUGGGUUCAAAUCCAGCUCCCGCCAACACAGCUGCUGGCGUGCCGACUUCGACGUCAGGAGGCGCUGGCCGUACAUCAGCAGUGGCGAGCCACAUAGUGCAUGUCCGGCGCAGGCCAAGUCAUGCAGCUCGGGUUGGUGCUAGCGGUGGUGGUGCUGCUGCAGUGGCCUCAAAUAGCAAGCCCGGUGGAGACUCCUGUAGCGUCGCAACCGCCGUUCUUGGAGGUCUGCCUCCCACCAUACACGCUGCCCGAAUUUCCUACGCGUCAACACGUUCUGGUUCUGCCGCAAGUAGUAGUAGCAGUUCUAGCACGACGAGCGGCGGCGGCCGUGGUAGGAUUUCCGUCCGGGCGUUAGGGGCCGAUGCUGAGCCACACCCUUCAGAGGACGUGGCGGGCACUCCAGGGUCGGCGAUACCAGCACUGGCGGCGCUCCAAAGCAAAAGCAAUACCAGGAAACGGAAACUCGCCGUUUCUGAUGAAAGCAGAGGCGCGGUUGCCGUCGGCACCGCACAGCAGCAGCAAAGUGGACCGACAGAACGCCCUUUAAGCGGCAAGGCGCAAGCAAAGCAGAAGCCACGAUAUGCGUCAGGCGCUGGACAACCCACUGGCGCUGCUCGCUUGAAAACUAGACCGGCAGCAAAGUCCAACGCUGAUGUCGUUCUGAGUGCUGCAGAGGAUGCGCAGGAGAACAAGAGCGGCGUGCAGAGGAAUCCAUGGAAUGCAAGUAACCGAAGCGGAGCAAGACUAGGCGGGCCGCGGGGUAAAACAAGGUCUACUACAGCUCCUGCACCAAGCGAUGGCUUAGACGUAAAUGAAAAAUCUGAUGUCACAGCGAGUCAAGAAAGCCAAAAUCACAUAAACGAAGCAGAGGCUAAGGGUAAUGAUGAUACUAUAAAGGUGCCUGCCACUGUUUCAGCUUCACUCAGAGUCACAGAAGCAAAUCACUUUGGAGCGAGCAUAACAAAGGUGGAUCCAGUGGGGGUGGAGGAUCUCCAGAAAUCUAUCGACAGUCCAGCCACUGUAGAGUUGCCGUUUCCAGAAACGUCAGCACUAGACUAUGCUCUGCUGCAGCCGUCGUCCAGUUUGUUUUCGGAUCUCAAAAAUCAGCCUGAGCCGGAGGCGAUGGUACCUCAUGAGGGAACGCAAGAGCAACCUCAUACGGCCAUAGUGGACAUGCGCACGCCGGCUGAAAUGUUUCUUCCUGCACAGAGCGCUGCUUUGCUGCCUCCUUCUGCGCCUGCGCCUGCAGCUGGAAAUCAUAAUGAGUUGGAAGAAGUACAUGUAGGACAUCAACAUGUAGAGUCGGAUGGCCCGGUGCAAACAGGAGUUGUGGCGUCCACAGCUGGCGUGGCGGACGCGUCCGAAGAGGUGAACAUCGAUGCUGUAGGAAAGUCAUCACUGAGACCAUCGGUUGACGCGCUGCUGCAACCCGCGUCAACUGCGGCACCUGCCCUUGCAACGUCGAUCGCAGCAGAGGAGAGCAGAUUGGAAUUGCUCCAGAGCCUGACAAAGCUUGAGGAGGGCAACCUAGACCUGCGGCUGCGUGCGCGCGCAGCCGCUCUAGAUCCCUCUUGUGCGAUCGCCAGCGUGUCUGGAGCGGACGAAGUUCAGCUGCACGAUCGUUUACAAUCAAAAGAGGAACAACAUACUAUAGUGAUUCCAGCAGGACAGCACAUUGUCUUAGUCGGCGUUCCUCCCGCAUCCAGUUCAUGCACGCGAUCCACUUCGGCGAGUUCCUCAAUGACAGCUGCUGCACAUGCUGAGGGAAACCCUUAUCAGAAUCAGAGUAACGUGAAGUCUGAUGCUUUUGCUUUACUUUCAAACAAGGAUCCGAGGCUGGCUGUUGCGGCAAAUGUUCAUCAGCGAGAUGGCUGUGUAGAAGAGCAAGAACAAAUGGGAUCUCUGCCAGCUGGAGAACAAGCACGAAGCGAGGCUGUGCGCAGACGUGCUACUGAUAGCGCGACAUCGCCCAUUCUCACCGACCGAGACCUCGUCGAACAAGCAUUGACAAAAUCGUCUCAAGCAGAACCACCGACUCAGGACAGAUCCGGUAGCAGCCAUAUGGCCUAUAAAAUGCAGGACGCAGGGACAGGUGAUCGUCGUGGUAUUUUCGACAAUAAUCCACUCGGAGGCGCUCAGAUGAAAGGAUGGAGAGCGGAAGGAGUAGAUCCUCAUGUUGAUGCUGGGACGCAGGUGGGGCUUGUAGGAGAGCACGGCACUUUCGAACUGCAGGAGCCACUUCGUGUUGGGGGAAGUGUGCGUCAUCUUCCGCAGCUUGACAAGGACACUCAUCGAAGCGAUGAACCAGCAGGCCCGCCUAGUCCUGGAGCAACUUACACAACGCAGUUUGAUUCGUCGAUAGAUAAUGAGGCUCUGGUAGGCGGUUCCCAUUCUAUAACCGAACAGCAACGAGUACGAGAUUGUGUACAACUUGAAGGUGGUCCCCAUCAGCCUGUUGACGUCGCUGAAGAAGGAGAGGAUCUGCUACAGCACACGACGAAAACGACUCUACACGGAAUGGAGCUCCCAGCUCCACUGCAGCUAACUGCAAAUUCCUCGAAAGACGCAACUUCGACAUCUACAAUGCUGACGUCGCUAAAAACGUUAAAGAAUCGCGAGUCGUCGACCGCUACUUUGCCUCCAGCGAAUAGUGAAAGAUCAGAUACGACUGGCAUCGCGAACAAGAUGGGUCGGCCGCGAAACUCCACUCUCGAUCAUACAACUUCAGGGUCGUUGAUAGCACAGGCUCCCGCAGGUAGCUCACUCCAGGACAAUCCAGUCCAGCCAAAGUCAUCACCGACUGGCCGAGAGGGGGCGCCCCCAGCAAUAGCGAUUGCAGGAGGAGGUGCGGAAAAUCAGGUAUACUCCGCAACGCAUUACUCAAAUUCAUAUGAAAGGACAUUUUCAUCUAGAACCAAGUGUCGUCCGACAAGAUUGAAAGUGAGGAAUGAUUCCUUGUUGAUAAUCGCAACACUAUGUAUCAAUCUUCAUGCAUCUAUAAUAUUUCGAUAAACUGAAAUUAAUAAUAAUAAGCGAGUAACUACUUAGAAUAAGCGAGAUACUGAAACAAGAGCAACGUAAUGACUCUGCUAUUUCAGUUGGCUACUCGGGUAUCUUGAGUUUUCGAGUAUUUUGAUGAAGUCACUGAUUCGGAUGCUCAUCAACACCGCGCAUCCACAUCCCAGCUUCUGGCGCUUGAUCCUGAAAGUGGAUUAUGGAUUCCACCACGCGAGGACUCGAGGGUCCCUUGUCCGUACUGUGGUCGAAAUUUCAACGAAGAGGCAGCAGCGAGGCACAUUCCAAGGUGCAAGGAGAUUAAAAACCGGCCUGCUGCCCGAUCGACACACAAAAAAGAGUACAUGGUUGACAAGCUAGGCCGCAGAGUAGAGGUUGCACGCCCGAAAGCGAAAGCCAAACUGCCAGGAGCAGCAGCCGGCGAAGGAGAAGGAGGUACUUUACUUUUAACGUCGAUCAUUUCGAUUAGAAUAUAUGAGAAACUGAAACAUCUCUGUGUGAUCAUGAAAAUAGAUUACAAAUUGUUGAGAAGGAGAAACAUGGAAAAUUUGGCGUGCGUUCUACUCAAGGUACAUUUUUACACUAACGUUAGGACAUGUUCAUCAUGAUCACCGUAUUUAGCAAACCACGUCCACGACAACAGCAAAUGCGUCCGCAGGUGGCAAUGCAGCUCCGGCAAACGAAACCUCCACGGGGACUGGGACUGCUGUUCCGCCAGCGCUCGACUCUCAAUGGGGACAAGUCCAGAUCCUUCUUUCGCAGGGCAUCAAAGCGGUAGACUCGGAAACGGAACUCGAGAAGACCCUGCAAUCUGCCAAAGACGGACUCCAGUGGGUAGCAGAUGUUGAACAUUUUUCGCAAAAGUGUGGUAUCAUGAAAGGAAGGCUGUCCCGCCUGCUCUUGCCGUUUAACAAAGACACGGAUGCCAAGGAUCAGGCCAACAUAAAAAGCGACCUGGGCUCGCCGGAACUUGAUGCCCUAAAGAUACCCAUGGAGACACGAAAGCAAAUGGUGCGCCAAGCCCUGAAAGUGCGCAAAUUUCUGCGUGUGAAGGUCGCGGAUGACGCGGACAUGGAUUUGCUGAAAGACAGUUUACAGCUCAUUCUUGCAUUCAUGCAGAAUCUACACCAGUUUAUGCGCAUGCUAGCGGACAAGGGAGAGAUCGCGGCGAGCAUGCCCUGCUCCAAGUUCAUAGUCCAAAAACUUGGAGAGCCCUUCAAACACAAAUUUCGCGACGGUCCAGCACAGGGCGGGUCCAUAUUCGACAACGACCGUGAUUACUUCAAGUACUAGAGGUAGGGGUCGUGAUCACUGUCGAGGCCAUAAUCACACAUAUCAGCCACACCGUGGAGAUAGUGGUGAUGUUGUGUGCAACUAUGUUAGGAAUACAUAAUCAAGGUCAUGGUCAAUAUUAGAACAACAAGCAAUAAACGUCGAUUCUUUAGAAGAGUUGUCCUUUUUUGUGAAUACCAAUACACUAAUAUUUUUUGUAUUUCGACGUAGUCGCUGGGUUGUGUUCGUUGAUGAUAUCCUUCACCUAGUACUUACAUUCAGGUUAGGUAAGAAGUGUACUGGCAGCUCUAGCUUCUUGGUUUAUUGUUCUUGUUCUUAAAAUCAUCAAUAUGGUGGAUGGAUACUUUUGAGGAACCAAAUGCAAAUAUAGUGUGAGUACUUGUUCUUGAGUCCGGUUUUCAAACGACGCAUUACUUAUUCUAACGACGUAUGGAUAAGCAGAUGAACUUUCUUUCUUCUAGUACCGAAUAUCCCUUUCCGGAUGACCUGAUAGCGUUCUUUGUAUACUACUAGCUAUGAGCGCCCGAUAACAUUCCUCCCGCUAGGAUUCCCCUCCUCCCGAAAGUAAAAAACUAAGAACGGCCUGACUGCGUGGGUUUUGCUCGUCUUGUCUCUCUUCUUUCUUCAUAUUGGUUUGAAGUGCUAAAAUCCCAAAGCUUUCGACUUCAGACCCUUUCCGUGGGAUUCAACUUCCUGGGCUCGAAUUUUUCAAAUUUCGAAAAUUUUCCACGUUUUUCCGUCGUUUUGGGAUUGAAUUCCGUGAGUUUGAAGCGCUAAAGCCCCAAAGUUUUUGACUUUGAGCGCUUUCGCUGAGGUUUAAUCUCUUGGGCUCGAAUUUUUCAAAUUUCGAAAAUUUUCCGCGUUUUUUCGUCGUUUUGGGAUUGAAUUCUCUGAGUUUGAAGCGCUACGAAAAUCCCAAAGCUUUUGGAUUUUAAGCACUUUCGCUGAGAUUCAAUUUCCUGGGCUCGAAUUUUUCAAAUUUCGAAAAUUUUCCACGUUUUUCCGUCGUUUUGGGAUUGGGUUCAGUGGUUCGGGAGUGCUAAAGUCCCAAAGUUUUUGACUUUAAGCACUUUCGCUGAGUUUUAAUCUCCUGGGCUCACAUUUUUCAAAUUUCCAAAAUUUUCUACGUUUUUUCGUCGUUUUGGGAUUGAAUUCCGUGAGUCUGAAGUGCUAAAAUCCCAAAAAUUUUGACUUUAGGCACUUUCUCUGAGUUUUAAUCGCCUGGGCUCGCGUUUUGUUUUAGUUUUUCAAAUUUCUGAAAUUUUUUGCGUUUUUUCGUCGUUUUGGGAUUGAAUUCUGUGAGUUUGAAGUGCUAAAGCCCCAAAGUUUUUGACUUUAAGCGCCUUCGCUGGCAUUCAAUUUCUUGGAUUCGAGUUGUUUAAAUUCCGAAAAUUUUGCGCGUUUUUUCGUCGUUUUGGGAUUUAAUUCUGUGAAUUUGAAGCGCUAAAAUCCCAAAAUUUUUGAUUUCAAACGCUUUCGCUGAGAUUCAAUUUCUUGGGCUUGGCCUCGAGUUUUUCUUACGUUCAUGGUUUCUUCUUGGUUUCUUGGGUUCAUGGGUUUGGGGUUUGUUGGUUUGUUGGUUUUUGUGUCGGAGGUUGUGGGUUUGGGUGUUGGAGGUUGAGGUUUCGGAGGGGAAGUAUUUGCUGAAUUUUAUUACUCUUAAUAUUGCUUUGAUUCCUCUUCUGAAUGAUUCUAACUAAUAAAUGUGCUUGACUUCGAUGUCAGGCUUUAUCAGGCAGCACGAAAAGGAGUUCUGUGUAUCGGUAUUGAAUCAACAAGGUAUUUCUAUUUCAUCUGAACAGGUUAUGGUUAUCAACGUAGAGCUUCAAGAGGUGUCCUUUAUUUGAAUCUCUGAUGGUAGUUUGUCCGAACAACUGACAGUCACACAAUUUCUUCUGUUAGUUUUCUUGAUUGACCGGGAGCAAGGUAACUGUUUAUGAUUCCUUUUAAAGAAAGCGUUCUUGUGCGAGAGUGUUAGAGGAAGAUGAAACAAAUGACUGAUUCACAAAAAGUCAGAGUCGACUUCGCAUGAAGACCACUCGGACUCUAACUCACUGGUUCAAUG